UCAACAAGGAAGAGGAGUUCAAAUGAGAGGAGGAAGAGGAGCAGGUCAACGAGGAAGAGGAGGAGGCCAACAUGGGAGAGGAGAAGGUCCAGGAGGGAGAGCAAGACAACCUCGCACCAUCAUUAUGGACGAGAUGCGAGCAACAGUCAUUAACCAUGUCAUUGUCCAUAGCAUGACAAUGGCUGAAGCAGGACUAAGAGUCCGUCCAAACCUGAGUAGGUUCACCGUGGCCACCAUUAUCAGGGCAUUCAGACAACACAACAGAGUUGAAAGAAUGCCACAUAGAGGUGGGAGGGUUGCCAUAUUUACAGCGGCACAAGAAACCCUCAUUGUGGAUGUGGUUCGUGGGAACAACCUCAUCAGACUCCGGGAGAUCAGAGACAAAGUCAUUGCCGAUAAUGUCAACUUUGAGAGCAUUGACGAUGUCAGCUUGGCCACAAUAGACCGAGUUCUCCGGCGCCAAAAGACGCGGAUGAAACAGGUCUAUAGGGUUCCCUUUGAGCGCAACGCUGCGCGACACAACGACCGACAUUACGAGUAUGUGCAAAGGAUAUUACAGUUGGACGCGAUGGCCAGACCUCAUGAGUACCUCUUCCUGGAUGAGGCUUCAACCUGCAGAAACGAAGGCAAAGAGGCCGUAACAUCAUUGGCCAAAGUGCCAUCACUGAGGUCCCUGGCCAACGGGGGGGGGUGAUAUUACUCUUUGUGCGGCCAUGGGUUCGGAGGGGCUUGUCCACCGGCAUGCUGUCCUUGGGUCUUACAACACCCAACGUCUCCUCACCUUCCUAGAGGAGCUAAAAGACAUCCUCCUGGACCGCCAACAACACCACCCUGGGCCCGCACAUCAGCUUUAUGUGAUCAUUUGGGACAAUGUCCGCUUCCACAGAACAAACUAAAUCAGAGAGUGGUUCACCACCAACAGUAACUCAAUGGUUAGGCCUUCAUGAAUACUUCUUCGUGGAUGAAGCUGUAUUCAAUCUAGCAAAAAGCAUAAGAAGAGGUUGCAACAUGUGUUUUCAAUUUUGAGUGGUAGUGUGUUAAUAAUGAAAACAUUGUGUUAGUUGUGUUUAAAUUCUGUGGCCUGUGUGCACCAUUCUGGGUACAAGUGCACCACACUGCUAAAUGUGUUUUGUGUUUAAGAGUGUGUUUAGAGUUUUGGUAAAUGGGAGAUUCAGAUUUGCAAAUGGUGUCCUAACCAGAUGAAUAGUGUUUAAGAUUUUGGCAACUGUGGGAUUGAUUUGAUGAAAGUUUUCUUAGUUGACAGUUUAGUUUUUACAAUGGGAUUCAGUGUUUUAGCAAUUCAGAAAAGCUGUAAUGCUUCACUGCCAAGCAAGCCCUCUGGUCAGAUUCAGCCAAAGAAUACAAAAGUAAUAGGACAGUACCUUA